AUGGCGACACCUGAGUACGUCAACCUGGUCCCGCCGGCCAACGAGUUCAUCGAUUCUACCAUCCAUGCAGAUCUUAUUGUUUUCGCCAAGGAUAAGCGGUUGGAUCGCAUCAAGCAAGCCUUAUCCAACUUUCGUCGCAGAAGAACCUUGGCUCAUAAUGCUGUCCAGGAGACUCGUCGUAUGCUGAGGGUUGAAUCAAUGAAUGAGACUGAGAAGGCUGAACAGGCCAACAUUCUUGAGAAGCAGACUUCGGUUUGGGCUGAUAACAACAAAGUUUUGGAGAAGAUUGAGGAAGCCCUCGAGUACGCUAAUGUGUUCGAUGAUCUUCUUGCCCCCUGUUCGACUGAUGAUGAGGGCUGGGUCACCACCACCUCCAGUCUGGACGACGCCCAGCACAUCUCUCCUAGGGGAGGCCACGAAACACUGACAACGGUUACUAACCCCGACAUUGAUCGUCUCCCUGGCACCGAUAUUCGUUUAUUGGGGAAGGGGGUCACUACCCAGACGGUCAACAAAGUGGAGCUCCCUAAGUUGAAGUACAGCUUCUCCCUUCAGCAUCACUUGAAGGUGUGUGAGAAUAUGUUGAUAGAGGCGGAGGUUGGUCAGGAGAUUGGUGGAAACUUUCAACCGGUAACCCGCUUACGCUAUAAUGUAGUGACUAAGAUAUUGGGCACCCUCGUGGACCACAAGGACAUAUUUCAACUCGCGUCGGAUGCCGCCGAGCAGAGCGACCAUGAUUGGUCCAGGGUGAAGACGAUCCUGCUCAACACUCACGCCAAGCGAGAGACUCUGAUCGAGGAGUAUAGGGCUAAUGUACUCCGGGUGAAGUACUCCACUGUGGAUAAGUUUUGCGCUGAUGCUAGGAGGCUCUUUGCCAUGGUGACACGUCUUUUUGGGGCUGGGAACACGUACGAGAGACGAGGUCUUAUCGAGACCCUCGUUA